AUGUUGAGCAAAACCCUUCAUUCAGAUGGAACGAAAGAGUUUCACAUAAUGAAGAAUAUCAAAGAUAAUACUUGUGAUUGCUCAUGUCGAUGUAUUCCACAAAUCAAAACAAAUCCAUUUGACACACCUCAAACUGAAAAGACUUCUAUUGGUAAUAACGAUGUUGAUGUGCAUCCGGCUCCGGAUCCAAACCCAACCGGUGAAAGUAUUGUUCAUGAAAUCGCUGAAUCUGCUGAUGAGAUGAUAACAACGGUUGUUAUGACUACUUUAUCCCCAACUACAUCAACCCCUUCUUCAACUGAGUCGGUAUCUGAAGUUCCUUUAGAGCUAUUUACAUCGUCUGGAAUUCGCCGAGCUCCAGCUAAAGUUUUCAAAACAAAAUCUACACCAACUACAACAGAGCUGCCUUCAACAUCAACUUCUGAAGAAACAUCUACUGCAGCGUUCCAUGAUGUAACUACGACAACAGAAUCCGCCGCUGUAACAGAGGAGAAACCUUCAACUACAACAGAAGAUUCAACCACUAUCACUUCCACCGAAGCUUCAUCUUCCACCACAACAGCUUCGAAAACCAAUGAAGAGACUACGACUACUACCACCGAAGCUCCAUCUUCCACCACAAAAGCUUCAACCACUACUGAAGAGACUACGACUACUACCACCGAAGCUCCAUCUUCCACCGCAAAAGCUUCAAUCAUUGCUGAAGAGACUACGACUACUACCACAGAAGCUCCGUCUACGACUACAGAAGCCUCAACUACAGCUGAAGAGACUACGACCACUACCACUGAAGCUCUAUCUUCUACUACAGAAGCAUCAACUACUACUGAAGAGACCACGACUACUACCACAGAACCUCCAUCUAUUACUACAGAAGCCUUAACUACUAUAGGAGAAGCUACAACCACUACAACUGAAGCUACAACUACUACAGUUGAUACAACAACCAGUACCGUAGAAACAACCACCACUUCCACUGAAGCUCCUACUACCACCGAAGAGGCUACAUCAACUACUACUGAAGUUUCAACCACUACUACAGAAGCUACCACCACUACUACAGAAGCCCCGUCCACUACUACAAAAGCCCUCACUACUACCGAAGAAGCUACAACCACUACUACUAAAGCUACACCCGCUACAGAAGAGACCACAACCAGUACCGUAGAAGCGACAACCACUACCACAGAAGCUCUUAGUACUACCGAAGAGACUUCAACCAGUACUGAAAAAGCUCCAACAACUACUACUGAUGAAGCUACAACUACAGUAGAAGCAACAACGACUACCACAGAAGCUUCAAUCACUACUGAAGCAGAACCUCUUAGUUCAACAAUAGAUAGCUCCGCAACAGAUGAUGCAGCCGUAACGACUGAGGCAACUACUAUCGUCUCAACAACAAAAGUUGUUUUACCAGAGCGCUGGCGUCUUCUCGUUCAGAGGCUUAAAAACAAGUUAGAAUCUCUCAAACAAAGCAAGAAGAGACUCGAGGACGAUGAGAAAAAGACUCCAAAAGAAACUUCAGUAGUUGAAAUUGCUGGACAGAAUGAUGGUGAAACCACUACACCCAUCACCGAGAACACCCAAGCUUCAACUUCAACAGCGGAGGAACCAAACACAUCCACUACCAUUGAAACAACAACAUCAUCCGUUUCUUCACCGGAAACAUCGACUGGAGUCCCAUCAACUACUGAAGAACAUACAACUACUAUUGAUGAGCGUACCACUACUGCUCUUGAAACAACAACCACCGAAAAUGCCUCUACUACAACUCCAGAAAAAACAUCAGAACCUGUGACUGAAGGAAAAACAAAUUCUUCUGAGGAGAUAACUCAAACUGCAGAGGAAACCACCAUCAGCCAAGAGGAGACCACCAUCAGCUCAGAGGAAACCACCAUCAACCUAGAGGAGACCACCAUCAACCCAGAGGAGACCACCAUCAACCCAGAGGAGACCACCAUCAACCCAGAUGAAACAAAAACUCCAAAAGAGGAUUCUGAAACAUCUUCUGAAGAUUCCGCAACGACAGAAAAUGCUUCCUCCACGUCAGAAUCGACUACGACUUCAGAAGAAAGAACAACUUCAGCUGAAGAAAAAACAGAAACUUCGGAUAGUGAGGAAUUGGAAGAUAAUGAAAAUGAAGGAAAACUGGUAACGGAAAGCGACGAUGAAACAACAACAACAACGGAAGAGGUUACCACAGAAGAACCGACUACAAGAUCACGGAAGAAAGGAUCAAAGAAGGUCACAACAUCAUCAACGGAUUCUGGUUCCGAACAGAGCGAUGAAAAUGAUGAGAGCGAAGAAAAAAAAGGAGUAGUAGCACCAUCGUUUAUCACGCUCUCCUCAGGCAAUGAAGAAAUUGAAGAUGAUGAUUCCAGUAUUACGGAAACAACUACUUCAGCUGUUCCACCAACACCUUCCAAUGAAUCACCCGCAUUAUCUUUCGCUAUUGAGAAUGCAAGAGAACAGUUACAGAACCCCAACUUCGGGGAUCAUUUGCUAGAACGCAACAAUAUUCCAUUGCCUGUCGCGCAAGAUCCUAUAACUUCGCUAAUCACAGGACUAAUCGGGGAAGCUUCGAAGACAUUGCAAAACCAGAAAUCUCAGCUCAACCUUAAUCCUCCAACUUUCCCUCCUCCAGCAAUUCAAUUGACCAGCCAAGUGACCGUCGCACCACCUAAUGAAUUGUCUCCUGUUGUUGUUGCUCCAGUGGAGUCCGAAAUUUCCAAAAUAAGCGAAAUCAGAAGAAUGCAAGCAAGUAAUGCAUUGAAGGAAGCUGAGGAGUACGAGAAGAGAGUGAGGGAAGAACGGAUAAAGGAUGAACAAAUGAAAAAAGAAGAGGAGACCCGUAAACAUCAAGAAGAAAUUGAAGAGCAGGAAAAACAAAACAAAUGGAGAGAAGAAAUGCUUGAGAAAGAAGAAGAUAUGAAGCGUCGAGUAGCAAUUUUACGUGAAGCAGAAGCUCGCCAGCAAGAACUUCUCUUACAACAAGCAAGAUUAGAAGAGGAAAGAGUCCGGCUCAUCAAAGAAAAACAAGAGGAGAUUGAAUUUGGAUCAAUUUCUACUACGCCGGAGACAGUUUCUACAACUGACCGUGUGAGAUAUAGACUCCGACCAGCACAGUGUGCUGCAAUUAAUAAGUUCACACGUGUGUUUAACAUAACUGAUCCUUCUGAAUGGAUUCAGAGGAACUGUCAGAUUGCUAAGAGAUAUUUCCCUCAAGCCUCCUGUACUCAAAUUCAAGCUUUGAUCGAAUCCUGCUUUGCAUUCCGUUUCGUAAUUUAA